UCCCCAAAUCCCCACUACCCCCACCCCAAAGUUCCCCUCCCCGCACCGCACCCGAUGAGUCCCCAAAUGUCCCGGCCAAGCCAACACCACCAGCACUCCCACCUCGCCGUCGCCUUGGCCGCCGUGCUGCUCGUCCUGCUCGCGGCGCCGUCCUCCGCCGAUCCGAACGACGAGGCGUGCCUCUCGAGCCUCCAGCGGUCGCUCUCCCCCCGCAACUGGACCAGGUCCGCCUUCUCCGCCCCCUGCGACGGCUUCAUCUCCAAGCUCCAGGGCGUCACCUGCAACAACGGCCGCGUCUACAAGCUCUCCCUCCCGGGUCUCUCCCUCGCCGGCCCCAUCCCGCCGGAGCUCUCCAACUGCACCAACCUCCAGUCGCUGGACCUCUCCUCCAACGCGCUGUCCGGGCCCAUCCCGCCGGAGCUCUCCAAGCUGCUCAACCUCGCCGUGCUCAACCUCUCCGCCAACUCCCUCUCCGGCGCCAUCCCGCGGGAGCUCGCCGCCUGCGCCUACCUCAACGUCAUAGAUCUCCACGCCAACCAGCUCUCCGGCCCCAUCCCCGACGAGCUCGGCCUCCUCGUCCGCCUCUCCGCCUUCGACGUCUCCUACAACCGCCUCUCCGGCCCCAUCCCCGUGCUCCUCGCCAACAGAACCACCACCGCGGGGGGCGCCCUGGCGGCGGGGCCGGCGGCGAGGUUCAAUGCCAGCUCCUUCGCCGGGAACAAGGACCUGUACGGGUACCCUCUGCCGCCGAUGCGAGGGCACGGGCUGUCCGUGCUCGCCAUCGUCGGCAUCGGCCUCGGCAGCGGGCUCCUCAGCCUCGUCCUUAGCUUCUCCGCCGUCUGCAUCUGGCUCCGCUCCACCGACCGGACGGCCACCACGCCCGGCGAGGACGGCAAGAUCUCCCACCUCAUGCCGGCCUACUGAGGAGAACCAUGCUGAGUUGAUGAUGCCGGUGGCGCUGCUCCUUGCAUCGCGUGCCAGUUUAAUUUAGGUGCAGAGGAUAGAUUUGAUUCGGGCCUGCUAUGCCAUGGUUGGAUUCCUGGAGCCAAGAUUGGAUCCUGGGUGAGCAGAGCAUGCAAUGUUGCUCAAAUCUGGGUGUCAGAACCCAAUCCAAUUGGAGUUUGAUUGUCGCAUUUACUUGCAUUGGUUUGGUACUCUGCUUUUCAGUAGGCUUUAGCAUGGGGUUUCUUCACUUCUUUACUCCGUAUUUAAUAACUUAUCUUUUUUGACUAGAGAGAGAGAGAGUGCGCGCGUGUGGGAGGAGAUAGGUUAGGCUUUGAUGACAUCCACCUGUGCGUGCGUGUGUCCUGAAGAAUUUUAUUCCAGCAGAAAAUGGCGGCGAAUUUCCGA